AUGCUCAAUUCAGCUGGCCACAGACGAAAUAUUGCCGGAAUUUCAUCUGGAAGCAAGGGAGACGACGACGAUCGACGCCUUUGGAAGUCGUGUCUCACUGGACUUUGCUUGGUUGGGUUUAUGACCCACUUCUGUUUCCGCCGGUACCAACUUAUGGAUGCGUUCGCUCUCGAAAUCUUAGAAGAUGCAAAGUCCUGGAAUUGGCCUAUCGUAAAGCGCAUCCAAAAAGCUCUAUUUCCAAAUUUGCUAUCGUGUUUGAUCAAGGAGUCUCAAGCCUUCGGUGGUACGGUGCUGGAUCAGUUCUGGGAAUCGGUUAGAAAAUGCGAUGACAGGCUCAAGGAUAAUAUUGAAAAUGUCACCUCUGUUCCGCCGGGUCAGGCAUCAGCAAUGCUGUUUGCGGGGGUGAACAGAGAAGACAUCAACCUAAAUCCAAUAUUUGAGAUGGCAGCUGAGUAUUUUACACAUCUCGCUGUUGUAUUUUUGAACCCAGGAGGACCUCAAGCAGGGCCCAGCACGCCAGACUCAGUCAAUGACAUUAUAUCGAUGGAGACGAACCAACUGCUCGCUUUGGCUAUACAUGGGGGGUUAAGAACGCGAAAGCAAGAAGCCCUCAAACGUUUGCCGGAUACCCUAGAAUGUCUUGCCAAGUUUGCCGGUGAACUGGCUAGGGAUCUUGUCUUGAGAUAUAUGACUGGUAUUGGAAAUGUUGCAAAUUUUCAAACCGACGCACACUCGUGGCGUAAUAAGUUGCGAUGGGGAAUUGAAGCUCGAGAAGAAGGAGGAAAUGUGAAGUACAUCUACAGGAGGGUUCCUUACUCUUCCGACACUGGCCCAGCAGGGAUCAGUUUGCGAGACGGUGACGAAAUCCGCUUCGGGGGUGGUACCAAGGGGGUGAGGCUUGGAAAAGGACCAAUUCCCCUACUCUGCAAUGUUCAACUUGCUGUGGCUCGUGUUUUGCACAUGAGCGGAGCUGCAGAGGCGGUUAUGCAGCUGAAGCAGGAUUCUGAUGAUUCUGAUACCCCUCAUGCAUAUGUUGCCUCUGACUACUUUCUGGAAAUUCUAGAUGCAAAGUUACUCCUCCAGAGUAUUCACCGUUUCGUGCCAAUGCCUGGAACAAACAUGGAAUGGAGCAAUGCUUGUGAUCCCUCGCCUAAGACGGACUCGGAAAAAGCAAAGUGGAGGUCUAGAAGACGAGAACCCGACCGCCCCAAGUACGCAACAAGUCGGUCAAUCAGAAUCCGUUUUGGCAGUUCAGAAACGUUGUACCGAAAGUUGGACUUUAGGGAUUGGAAGGACAAGGCGACGGCACGCCAUUGCCUACAAACAUGUGAGAUGGUGAUUUCUAUGAGAGGGUUUUCUGGAAUCCUCUCAAUAAAUGACGCUUCAUGGGCCAGCUCGAACAUGCGGCACAUUAUUUCGAUAGGAAGGUUCAAGAUGAGCGCUGUCUUGUUGUAG